AUGCUUCAGUGUGUAGGGAUUUCCUGUGCAGGACUGUAUCAGUGUCCCAGGCUCAAAACUGUAAGAAUGAGGAACAACUACACAAUCACUCUAUUUGUUGUUGCUGCUGUUGCUCUUGUGAUCAUUGAGAAAGAAAACAACAUAAUGUCAAGGGUAUGGGACAAGUUUACACUGAAAUUACCUCACAUGGAAUUGGUGGGGCCAAACAAUACAAUUUCAGCCAGAGCCUUGACUGAGAACAACUCCCUUCUCUCGAGCUCAAACACUGCUCUCUGGCAGCUGCUGAAAGCACAGAGAAACUGCUCAUCAUUGCAGGCUGCGCCGAGAAGGGAGGAAAGAAAGGAUUUGGUGGAGAGGAAACACUUGCUGUUGAUGGCGACGACAAGGACAGGCUCUUCGUUUGUUGGUGAAUUCUUCAACCAGAACAACAAUAUAUUCUACCUGUUUGAACCACUGUGGCAUGUGGAGAAGACAGUUACAUUUGAACCAGGUGGAAUGAAUGGUGUGGCCACGUCCAUCAUAUAUCGCGACGUGGUGCAGCAGUUAAUGCUGUGUGAUCUGUAUGCAUUAGAAAGUUUCCUGUUCCCAAUGCCUGACCGUCAUAUUACAGGCUUCCUGUUCCGGCGAGGCUCAAGCAAGUCCUUGUGCGAGGGAGCGGUCUGCACUCCGGCCAAAAGAGGGGGGACGGAGAGGUUUCCCUGUCGUUUGCGUCACUGCGGGCUCCUCAACAUGACCUUGGCCGCUCAGGCAUGCCUCCAGAAGCAGCACGUGGCCAUGAAGACUGUUCGGCUAAGACAGCUGGAGUUUCUUCGGCCGCUGGUGGAGGACCUUAGGAUUAACCUUAGGAUCAUUCAGCUGGUGAGGGAUCCCAGGGCUGUGCUGGCUUCUCGGAUGGUGGCCUUCCCCAGUAAGUAUGAAGCGUGGAAGAAAUGGGCCAAUGAAGGAGAAGUGCCUGAUGAUGAGGAGGUGAGUAAACUCCGAGGGAACUGCGAGAACCUCCGUGCCUCAGCACAGCUUGGUAUCAGCCAACCACCUUGGCUCAAGGAUCGCUUCAUGCUGAUGCGCUAUGAGGACAUUGCUCUAGAACCCUUGAAGAGAGCACAGGAGAUGUACCGCUUUGCUGGCAUUCCCUUCACACCUAAGGUCAAGAAGUGGAUUUACGAAAACACCCAAGCUUCCAAUCCCAGUAAAAAAGUUUACUCAACGCACAAAAACUCUUCAGAGCAGUUUGAGAAAUGGCGACUCCGUCUGCCAUUCAAGAUUGCCAGAGUUGUCCAACAAGUGUGUGAGCCAGCGAUGAAAUUGUUUGGCUACAAGUUUGUCAAAGACGCAGCAACACUUGCCAACAGAUCCGCCAGCCUGCUUGAGAACAGAAACUUCCGAAUAACCUAAUUUAGGGAGAAGUUUUGAUUGUCUUCCAGUCACUGAAGGAAUACAGU